UGCGCGCGAAUUCCGUGGCGCGAACUUGGGACUGUAGGGUACGCGGCGCCGAGCUGAGCGUGGCGUCCGGGGGAGCGGCGCGCGGAGCGGCGCGAGGAACAGCUGACGAGAAAAAAGAGGAAGUGAGAUUUAAAGACCAUCAUGCAGCGAAGUAUCAGGUCAUUUUUCUACCCCACAAAAGAGGGUAAAGCAAAGAAACCUGAGAAAGAGACAACCAACAGCAGCAGAGAGACGGAGCCCCCUCCAAAAGUGGCACUGAAGGAGCGGAAUGGAGUGCUGCCUGAGAGUGACUCACCAGUGAAGAGGCCAGGGAGGAAGGUGGCCCGGGUCCUGAGCAGUGAGGGAGAGGAGGAGGAUGAAGCCCUCACCCCACCUUGUGGCCAGAAGCCUGUGCAAGACUCCCCCCAAGGCUCUCCUCCCAGUCCUGCCCUGUCUUCUGGGAAUAGCCCCUCCGUCUCCAACACCUCCCUUGCAGACACCUCCCCGUCGGGGAUCCCAAAGCGUCUCACAGCUCGGAAGCAGCUCCCGAAACGGUCAAUGCAAGAUGUCCUGGAAGAGCAGAGUGAAGAAAUGGGAAGAGAAGCCAAGAGGAGGAAGGCAGAGGAAGAAGCAGACACCCCAAGAGAAAGUCCCACAGAGGCUGAAGUGGUAAAGACAAAGGAAGAAGCUGAAGGCGAGCACCCCAGCACACCCCCUGACCCUCCAAAGCCCCUUAAAGCAGAGACUCCAGCAAAGACAGAAGGCACUGCGGCACCUGAGGCACCCAAGGCAGUCAGCCGGCAGGAACCACAGGAAGAGGACCAGAGCAAGCCUCCUCCCAGAGCCCCCAGGACGCUCAGCAGUUUCUUCACCCCCCGGAAGCCGGCGGUCAAAAUAGAAGUGAAAGAAGAGGAGCCGAGUGCUCCGGGAAAGGACGAGGCCAAGGGACCUCUGGAUCCGACUAGCUACAAUCCUGCCAAGAACAACUACCACCCCAUUGAGGACGCCUGCUGGAAACCAGGCCAGAAGGUCCCUUAUCUGGCUGUGGCCCGCACAUUCGAGAAGAUUGAGGAGGUUUCUGCUCGGCUCCGGAUGGUGGAGACGCUGAGCAACUUGCUACGCUCUGUAGUGGCCCUGUCACCUCCAGACCUCCUACCUGUCCUCUAUCUCAGUCUCAACCGCCUUGGGCCACCCCAGCAGGGCCUGGAGCUUGGCAUUGGUGACAGCGUCCUCCUUAAAGCAGUAGCCCAGGCCACAGGUCGGCAGCUGGAGACUGUGCGGGCCGAGGUGGCCGAGAAGGGCGACGUGGGGCUUGUUGCUGAGAGCAGCCGCAGCACCCAGAGGCUCAUGCUGCCACCACCACCCCUUACCACCUCCGGGGUCUUCGCCAAGUUCCGUGACAUCGCCCGCCUGGCCGGCAGUGCUUCCAUGGCCAAGAAGAUGGACAUCAUCAAAGGCCUCUUUGUGGCCUGCCGCCACUCGGAAGCCCGGUUCAUCGCCAGGUCCCUGAGUGGACGAUUGCGCCUUGGACUCGCAGAGCAGUCAGUGCUGGCCGCCCUUGCCCAGGCUGUGAGCCUCACACCCCCAGGCCAAGAAUAUCCCCCUGCUGUGGUGGAUGCUGGGAAGGGCAGGACAGCAGAGGCCAGGAAGACGUGGCUGGAGGAGCAAUGCCUAAUUCUGAAGCAGACGUUUUGUGAGGUGCCUGACCUGGACCGAAUUGUCCCUGUGCUGCUGGAACAUGGCCUGGAGCAUCUCCCGGAGCACUGCAGGCUGAGCCCAGGGGUUCCCCUGAAACCCAUGUUGGCGCAUCCCACUCGGGGCGUCAGCGAGGUCCUGAAACGCUUUGAGGAGGCAGCCUUCACCUGCGAGUACAAGUAUGACGGGCAGAGGGCACAGAUUCACCUUCUGGAAGGUGGGGAGGUGAAGAUUUUCAGCAGGAAUCAAGAAGAUAACACAGGAAAGUACCCCGACAUCAUCAGCCGAAUCCCCAAGAUUAAACUCCCAUCAGUCACGUCCUUCAUCCUGGACACGGAAGCUGUGGCUUGGGACCGAGAAAAGAAGCAAAUUCAGCCAUUCCAAGUGCUCACCACUCGCAAACGCAAGGAGGUAGACCCCUCCGAGAUCCAGGUGCAGGUGUGUCUGUACGCCUUUGACCUCAUCUACCUCAACGGAGAAUCCCUGGUCCGUGAACCCUUGUCUCGACGCCGGCAGCUGCUACGCGAGCACUUUGUAGAGACAGAGGGCGAGUUUGUUUUUGCCACCUCCCUGGACACCAAGGACGUUGAGCAGAUUGCUGAGUUCUUAGAGCAGUCAGUGAAAGACUCCUGUGAGGGGUUGAUGGUGAAGACCCUGGAUGUCGAUGCCACCUACGAGAUCGCCAAAAGGUCACACAACUGGCUCAAGCUGAAGAAGGACUAUCUGGAUGGCGUGGGCGACACCCUGGACCUCGUGGUGAUCGGCGCCUACCUGGGCCGGGGGAAGCGGGCUGGCCGGUACGGGGGCUUCCUGCUGGCCGCCUAUGACGAGGACAGUGAGGAGCUGCAAGCCAUAUGCAAGCUUGGAACCGGCUUCAGCGAUGAGGAGCUGGAAGAGCAGCAUCAGAGCCUGCAGGCCCUGGUGCUGCCCACCCCACGUCCCUACGUGCGGGCUGAUGGUGCUGUGGCCCCCGACCACUGGCUCGAUCCCAGUGCUGUGUGGGAAGUGAAGUGUGCAGACCUCUCCCUCUCCCCCAUCUACCCCGCUGCCCGGGGCCUGGUGGACAGUGAGAAGGGCAUCUCCCUUCGCUUCCCUCGGUUUAUUCGUGUCCGUGAAGACAAGCAGCCAGAGGAAGCCACCACCAGUGCCCAGGUGGCCUCUCUGUACCUGAAGCAAAGUCAGAUUCAGAAUCAACAUGACACAGACUCAGACUCCAACCCUGAAGAUUUCUACUAAGGCCUGGCCUCCCCGGGGCUGGGGAGGAGCCCA